CUGUGCAUUCUGCAGCAGAACCUAUCCAGGGACAAAACCAACAACCAGGACAUGUCAAGGUCGGGCAGGUUUGGGCCUCACAUUGUCAACCUGCUGAGUGAGUGGACCGAGAUGUUUGCAUAUGAUUUCCGAGAUGACCGGAUGAUGAAGCAACUCCGAGACAUCACUCAGAGGAUACUGGUCAGCUUUCCUGAGUUGAGGAAGGACAUCAACAACCUCAGCUACAAUCUAGUGACCAAGCUAACAAAUUUGAAGAGUUACGAGGAAAACCUGAACAAAAUUGAAACGGAAGAGCAGCAGAAAGCACACACACAGGUUGUUGCUACUACGGAUCUUCUGGAGGUAUGUCCUAGUCCUCUUGUCCUGGCUCAACAACUGACACAUAUUGAACUGGAGCGGUUGAGUAUGAUUGGCUCUGAAGAAUUUGUUCAAGCAUUCUCAAAAGAACGAGUGUCAUCAGAUGUCAUCAACUGCCAGGACUUGAAAACCACACACAACCUAGAGUCUUACGUCCAGUGGUUCAACCGGCUCAGUUACCUGGUGGCUACAGAGAUCACCUCGCACAUAAAAAAGAAGAGUCGAGUCAGGGUGGUGGAAUAUUUCAUUGAUGUUGCUAAGGAGUGCAUCAACAUUGGCAUGAAUCUCAGUGCCGUCACUCGUUUGAAGAAAAUGUGGACAAAAGUCAACAGAGACAAGCUGAAGAUACUCGAGCACCAGAUGGAUCCCAGCAACAACUUUGGCAGCUACAGGUCGUGUCUGAAGGCAGCCAUGUGGAGAUCUCAAGGUGCAGCUGAGGACAGAGAGAAGAUUGUGAUCCCUUUCUUCAGCUUGUUUGUCAAAGAUCUGUACUUCCUGAAUGAAGGCUGCUGCAGCAGACAGGAAGAUGGCUCUGUCAACUUCCACAAAUGUUGGCAGAUGGCAAAGCAGAUCUCAGAUCUCAUCACCUGGCAACAAGUGGAAUGUCCAUUUGGCAAGAUUCCCUCUGUUAUCAACUACAUCCUGACAACACCCAUCUAUAAGGAGACUAUGUUGUCGCUGGCAUCCUAUGAAUGUGAAGCUCCAGACACAAGCUAUGACAGGGAGAGAUUUAAGCAGCUCAA